AUGGCGACAGCAAUUGUGAAUGGGAUGUCGUCGAGUCAAUUUCGUGCAAUCAACGCAGCCAGCCGUCCAAAGUCGUUGUUGCCAUCGUUCCCUCGCUCACUCGCACUCGGUGGUCCGCAAAUGCAGCGCGCCCUCAACGCCUUCGCCAUCGCACAGUACGAGAACCCCGACACGCUGAAGAUUCGCCGCAACCGCCUCGGCGAAGUAGAAGGGCCGUCUGCUCGCAAGCGGACACGUGAGGAUGACGACGACGAGGAAGAGGAUGAGGAAGACGACAAGAAGAAGCGGCGGAGGGGGGAUGAGAGUUUUGACGAGGGCAGUGAUUCUGAGGGGAACACGUGGACUAUGGGACAUGUUGAGGAUGAUGAUGAUGAGGAUAUUGAUUCCGACGAGGCGUUUGGCGAGAGCGAUGAGGAGCGUUUCGAGGGGUAUACGUUCCGUGGGAGCUCGACGAUGAAGGGCAAGCCCAAGGGGAAGAAGGCGAAGAGGCAGAUUGUGGCUGAGGAUAGCGAUAUGGAUCUCGAUGAGGGGGAUAGCGCGGAUGCAGAGGAUGAUGAAGACGAUCUGGGUGAGGACGCUAUUGAUCUUGCUACCGCGUUGGACCAGUAUGAGGAGGACGAGAGGGAAGAGAAGAGGAGCAAGAAGGACAAGAAGAAGGCUUCUGCCUUUGACGACAGCGAAGAGGAGGGGCCGAGUGAAGCGGAGGAUGUUGCCGCCGACGGUGCAUCCGACUUGACCUCAUCUGACGACGACGAGGACGAAGAGGACCGACAGGCGCAGCUGAAGCAUCUCAUAUCCUCGCUGGCAACGGCAGACGAGGGCAAGAAGAGGGGCAAGCGAGUCGAGGUCCAUGAAUCCGCUGUGCCCGACGAGUUCGGCGUCUCGAGGAAGGUCGAUCUUCUCAGCUUCAAGCCCAAGGUUGCCGACGAAGAGAAGAAGAGGGCGCUCAAGCUGCUGCAAGACGACAAGUCGUCCAAGCGAAACGAUAUUGCUAGGAGGCUGGACGCUCCGCUCCCAAAGCGACAGCAGGACAAGAUAGACCGCGCGGCCGCCAACACCAAAGCGAACGAGACCCUCGACCGCUGGACUGACACCAUCAAGCAGAACCGUCGCGCCGAGCACCUCAUGUUUCCCCUACAGCACAGGUCUGCAGGCAAGCCCAUGGGUGAAGACCGCCUCCUGCCCACUACAAGCGCUGCUCCUGCAAACGACCUCGAGAGCACCAUCCAGUCCAUUCUCCAGCAGAGCGGCCUGUCAAACGGCAAAGACGACGAGGAGCAGAUCCAGAAGUGGGAGGAGCUACAGACCAACAAGAUGCCCCUCGAAGAAGUCAUGAAGCGGCGCGCUCAGCUGCGGAUGGCGCGAGAACUCCUCUUCCGUGAAGAAGUCCGCGCCAAGCGCAUCAAGAAGAUCAAGAGCAAGUCUUACCGUCGCGUGCACCGCAAAGAGCGCGAGAAGCUGCUGCAGAAGGAGCGCGAAGGGCUCAAGGCUGACGGUAUCGAUCUCUCCGAAGAGGAGCGCGAGUACAACGACCGUCGGAGAGCUGAGGAGCGCAUGGGCGCCAAGCACCGCGAGAGCAAAUGGGCAAAGGGUAUCAAAGCUACCGGGCGGGCUAAUUGGGAUGAGGAUGCGCUCGCUGGUGUCACCGAGAUGGCGAAGCGCAAUGAGGAGCUUCGCCGCCGUGUCGAAGGCAAGGCUAUUCGUGAUAGUGACGACGAGGGCUCCGAUGUACCCAAAAUAUCUGACAGCGAGAAUCCUUUCUCGACGGAUAAGUCGAAGUUGGGGCAGAUGGCGUUUAUGCAGAAAUCUGAAGCAGCGAGACGUCUUCAGAAUGACCAGGCUGUGGAGAGCAUGCGUCGGGAGCUUGCUGGUGACAGUGAUAGCGAAGACGGGAAUGAGAAUGCUGCGCGGGUUGGACGUCGCAAGUACGGUCCUGGUGGUGUUGCUGCCCCAGCGAUCCAGAUUAGUCGCAACGAGUUUGAGGAGCACCCUGGUUCUGACGACGAGGAAGGUCAAAACACAGCAACUGCUGAGCCCACUGCGAGCGGAUUGUCAAACGGGUCACGCAAGACUGAGAAGACGAAGAACCCUUUCGCUACAGGUGUUUCUAACGGGGCGCGCAAGGCUCAAAAGUCCGCGGCGCCGGAAACGGAUGAGCCGCCGUUCAAUCCGUUCUUGACAAAAGCUACAAAGUCUAAGAAGGCUGAACCUGAACCUGAGCUCUUCCCCUUCACAGCCGACGACGAACCCGCCGCCCAGGACACCAUCAAGCCACAGUCCAAAUCAAAGUCAAAGGCUAAAGCCCAAGCGAAACCCGACCAGCAAGUCUCCGUCGACGCCUUCCUCCAACAACGCAUCACGGCCGCCGACGACGACGGCUGGGCAACCGUACUCGGCGACCAAGACGACGACGACGACGCCACCGCCCCCAACGACGAAGCAGCAGCCUCGGACCCCGAACACGACGGCCUAGACAUGGCCGUCAUCCUACGCAACCAAGCCCUGACCUCCACCGCCUUCGCCGGCGACAACGUAGCCGCCGACUUCCUCGCCGAAAAAACUGCCACCACGGCCCUCGAAGAAGCCACACAAACAACAUCCUACCUCCCCGGCUGGGGCGCCUGGACCGGCUCCGGCAUGUCGAAGCGCGAAGCCAAGCGCAACAAGGGGUAUAAAACGGUCACGGCAACCGAGGGCAUUCAAGCCGAGCGCCGGAAAGACGCGAAGCUCGAUAGGGUGAUUGUUAAUGAGAAGCGGGUUAAGCCCAAUAUUAAGUAUAUGGCUGGUCAGUUGCCGUUUCCGUUUGAGAGUCGAGAGCAGUAUGAGAGGAGUCUUAGGGUGCCCAAGGGGAGGGAGUGGACUACUAAGAAGACGUUUCAGGAGGGGACGAGGCCGAGGGUUAUUGUUCGGCAGGGGGUUGUGGCGCCGUUGCGGAAACCUAUGGUUUAA